CGCCAUAACGGCCACAGCCAACGGCGACGGCCAUGCGCAGAGCGGCGCCGGGGCCGUCUCCGUGAGGGGCCGCCGCCGGUCCGGCCGUGAGGGGCCGCGGCCGUGAGGGGCCGCCGGGUGCCGCCAUGGUGCGGCUGCACGUUAAGCGCGGCGACGAGAGCCAGUUCCUGCUGGAGGCGGCCUGCGGCGCCCGCCUGGCCGAGCUGGCGCCCCUCGUCGCCCGCAUCUACAACGGGAGGCUGAAGGUGCAGCGGCUGUGCUCAGAGAUGGAGGAGCUGGCAGAGCAUGGUGUUUACUUGCCGCUUAAUAUGCAAGGACUGACGGAAGAGCAAAUUGAAGAACUGAAGUUAAAGGAUGAGUGGGCAGAAAAGUGCAUACCAAGUGGUGGGAGUGUCUUCAAGAAGGAUGAAAUUGGACGAAGAAAUGGACAUGCUCCAAAUGAAAAAAUGCAGCAAGUAAUAAAAAAGACAAUAGAGGAAGCCAAGGCAUUAAUCUCUAAGAAACAAGUUCAGGCCAACGUGUGUGUUAAUAUGGAGAUGGUGAAAGAUGCACUGGACCAGCUCCGAGGGGCUGUGAUGAUUGUAUAUCCAAUGGGAUUGCCUCCACAUGAUCCAGUGAGGAUGGAGCUGGAAGAUAAAGAAGACUUGGCGGGGACUCACGCUGGACUUGAAGUUAUAGAAGAAUCUGAAGCACAAUUAUGGUGGGCAGGAAAAGAGUUGAAAGAAACCAAGUUGCUUUCUGACUAUGUAGGCAAAAAUGAGAAAACAACCAUCAUUGUAAAGAUACAGAAAAAAGGACAAGGAGCUCCAGGGCGUGAACCUCUGAUUAGUCAUGAAGAGCAAAAACAGAUGAUGCUGUAUUACUACAAAAAGCAGGAGGAGCUUAAGAAACUAGAAGAGGACGACGACGACUCAUUUCUAAAUGCUGAGUGGGCAGACAGCCAUGCUUUGAAAAGGCAAUUCCAUGGUGUAAAAGACAUCAAGUGGGGGCCAAGAUGAAGCUCUACAAACACCUUUUUGCCUCUUUCUGCUGUUUGGUUGAUACACUUGUUUGCUAAGAGGGGUGUUGCGUGUUAGAUUCUUCUGAGAAAAGCUGAAGUUGUCUCUUCCAUAGCAGAUGCCUCUUUCAGCCUUAGGUUUUUGAUAAAUGUUUACAUUUCUAUGCAACGGUAGCAGCACUUGUCUCUGCGAAGAUUGGAAUCAAUCCUGUUCGUGUUGAUUGUUCUAUUAGAAACUUGUAAUUUGAAUAUUGAAAUAUUAACCUAUUUCAGAGAGAAUAUAUCUAAUAAAUGUGCACUUGGAUUUUGUUUGAGUGCUCUUUAUAA